UUUGAUUUGGCAGCCACUGAGCAGUGACCACCAGCAGCUGACACGAGGACACAACAGAGAUAAGGCCCGCUCCGCCCGCAGUCGUCCCCAGCUCGCGCGACAUGGCGCCCGCCGCCCGGUGGUCCACGUCCCCUGUGCUCUUCCUCCUCCUGCUGCUCGCGGCGGCCACGGCGACGACGACCACUACGGCAAAGGAUGGGCAUCCGUCGCCGACGCCGUGGCCGGAGCGUUUCCACGCGGUGCUGUUCACGAACCUGACCAACUACACGGAAGCCUCCACGGGCCCGCCGCUGCGCGUGACGGACCUCUACUACGACUGGCCGCGGCGGCGGAACCUGAACCUGGUGCGGCACCAGCUGUCGGCCGACCCGCUGUACGACGUGGAGUGGAACAACGGCACCGGCUUCUACUUCGACUCCAAGGCGUGCCGCGUGGAGCAGUUCCCCGUGGGCGUGCUGCCGCCGUGGUGGCUCUCCGGCGGCGGCGCCGAGUACGUGGGCCGCCGCGUCGCGGGCGGGAUCGACUGCCACGUGUGGGGCAAGGCCGGCUUCAUCUUCUACUACGAGGAGGCGCGCACGGGGCGGCCCGUGCGCUGGGACUUCGUCGACGUGACGGGGAUCCAGCAGUUCGUGAUGAGCUUCGAACCCGGAGCUGCGCUGGAGGACGACGCGCAGUGGCAGGCUCCUGCAUACUGCUUCCCGGACGACGACGAUGCCGCAAGGAGCAGUGGUGAGGAGGAAGCUGGGGUUGGGCUUGAGGCGGCGAGCAGAUUACUCAGGAAGCUAGCAGGAGCUGCAGCAACCUAUUGACUGUGUUGUGUUGUACUGUAGGAUUUAUGUACCGUAUUAAUUUCGAGCACAACAGAUAUACUUAUGUUCUUGUAGUACUACCUAAUUGCCUAGUUUCCUAUUGCUGGCUUGCU